UGAGAGGGACGGUCGCUUGGAAGAGAGGACCUCGCUGCUGAUUUUCUUUUUCCACCGCCAUAGACGAAAUGGCUGAGCCCGCCACUCAGUCGCCGUACAUUUCUUCCUCCGCCGGAGGCGGCUCCUCAGAGCCGGGAGGACGAGACCUCAAGGGGGCAGGUCACCCCCAGUCUUGCGCUGAUUCCUUUGUUUCCUCCUCUCAGCCUGUCUCUCUCUUUUCGACCUCACAAGCUGGAGGUCAAGAUGCUUAUUUAACACAUUCAGGAAACCAGAGGGAAACCAAUGGCAAGGCUACACUCUCAAAUGCGGGGAAAGGAUUCCCCAAGGGCCAAACGCAGAACCGUGGGACCAGUCAAGGUUUGAAAAUGGAGGCAGCCUCAGUAGGAAGCUCCGUCCUGGAGAAAUCCUCAUUCUCUAUCGGAUCCAGAGUCCACAGCUACGGCCCAGCCGUGCAGGCUAGUUUCCCGGGGCAUAUUGACUCCCAGGAAGAUGUUUCCGUAGACUGUAAGGCUGAGCUGAGCGGCUCUGACCAGCUCAAAGGACCAGCCACGGGUGGAGAGCCCAAGUUCGCUUCGCUGACCCACCCGAAAAAUGAAGCUGAGCAACCUCCAGCCCGAGUCGCCGCUUCACGUCCUUCAACGUCCCCCGUGGUCGCUGGGGAGUCCGUGGCAGAGAAAGAUUCUCCCGAAUCUCCGUUUGAGGUCAUCGCUGACAAGCUGGAAUUCGACAAGGAAUUCAGAGACGUCCUCGGGAGCAACGGCGGCGACAUCAGCAGCAAUUGGGUCCUACACGGGGAAAGGGAGCUGCUGACGGACAUUCCGGAGGACAGCGUGUGCGAGUUCCGGGUGAAGCCGCGUGGAGGGAGCAGGGUCCCGCCAGGGCAGGGCCUCUCGCGCCAGUCGUCCGGCACCACCGCCGCGCUCGAAGAGGUCUCCAAAUGCGUCCGCGAGAUGCACAGCUUCACCAGCGAGCUGCUUAACUGGGAUUUGAUCCCCAAGGACCUCGACGGCUCGCCGGAUGCGGACGACGGCUCGCCGGACGCGGACGACGGCUCGGGUCUCUCGACCUCCCCCGCCAAAGAUACCGACCGCGUCGCCGUUGGGCCAGCGGUUGGUCGGGUGGAGUUGGGCAAAGCUUCCGCCCCUCACCAGCCGCUCACGAUCAGCCUCCACCAAAAAGGCAAGCCGUCUUCAGAGGCGGAAGAGCGACGGGCCGCGGCCGGUCGAGAUGUGGCCGUUGCGAAAACCGCUGAUGCAGCAGAGCUUGAGGCCGACAACCGUUGGCCGAAUCCCAUCCUGCCUGAAAUAACUGACGCCGAUAGCUCCGGGGAGUCCGACGACACCGUCAUAGAGGACGCUCCGGCAGAUCCCACCUUCCAAAGCGAGAAGGCUGCAGAGAGCAGCAGGGCAGCGCCUGCGGGCCCCAUCCAAACAGAGUUUGAACAUCUAGCUCAUGAAGUGGCAUCGGGCCAGCCGCACAAACUCUUCCAAGGAGGUAGAAUUCCUCCCGGGACCCUAGAAUGCAAUUGGGCCUCUGUGGAUGACUUCGAAUCAAUCCAGGCCAAGGCCGAUGCGCUUGGGGGCAGCCCGCUUGGUGCACCUCAACCCCCCAAAUGGUCCGAUUCAUACCCGCCUGCUCAAGCAGGGCCGGCGUUGGGCGCUUGCGGACGGGGCAUGCUUGAGGAAUGGCCCGAGGCAGAAGGCCUCUUUGUUUCCUCCCCUUCUCCCCCCUUGGGCGGGGUAAAAGAGGCCGCGUGCCCAGGCACUCUCGACGGCGAGAGUUUUAUGGACUUCAUGAAGGAGUGCUUGAAAUCCAAACCCAGCGAGUCUCCGGAAGACGCCGUCGAAACCUUCUCGGAGGCCGAGCUCAAGGCGGCGCGAUCCGAGGUGGCGGCCCCGCCGCCCCCCAAGUCGGCGCAAGACUUUGAGCAAGAGCACCUCACCAUCAAGGCCCUCAAAGAAGUCGGGUGGAAGACCGAGCAGGAGAGGCAGUCGCCUACUACCCCAGGCAAGGCCUCCCCUCCCGGGAAGUCCGCCGAGAUGCCGCCGAUGUCCGCCUUGGAGAAGAGACCCCUCUGUCUCGAGCAGGCUGUGGAUGUGAAGUUGGCUCCCGCCCCUGCCGCCCUGCACGGGGCGCCCCAUAAGUCCCCCCCUGCCCUUCCUCCUGUACCGCACGCCCUUACAAAAUUGCUGGCUAAAUUCUCAGUGCACGAUCUGAUCUUCUGGCGGGACGUGAAGAAGACGGGCGUGGUCUUCAGCACCACACUCAUCUUGCUGCUCUCCCUGGCGGCCUUCAGCGUCAUCAGCGUCGUCUCGUACCUCAUCCUGGCGCUGCUCUCGGUCACCAUCAGCUUCCGGGUCUACAAGUCGGUCAUCCAGGCCGUGCAGAAAUCCGAAGACGGGCACCCGUUCAAAACCUACCUGGAUGUGGACGUCGCCCUCUCCUCCGAGGCUUUUCACAAAUACGUCAGCGCCGCCAUGGUGCACGUCAACCGCGCCCUGAAACUCAUCAUGCGCCUCUUCCUGGUGGAAGACUUGGUGGAUUCGCUGAAGCUGGCCGUUGUCAUGUGGCUGAUGACCUACGUCGGGGCCAUCUUCAACGGCAUCACCCUCCUCAUCCUGGGGGAGUUGCUGGUUUUCAGCGUCCCGGUGGUGUAUGAGAAAUACAAGACCCAGAUCGACCAUUACGUCGGCAUCGCCCGGGAUCAGACCAAGUCGAUCAUUACAAAGGUCCAAGCAAAACUCCCCGGAGUCGUGAAGAAAAAGCCGGAAUAACCGCGCGGGGCAGCUACGACCCCAGCUGUUAACUAAAUCGAAACGAAACAAAAAAAAAACCCAUACCCCUUGUGUCAUAGUUAUAACCAUUGUUACUUGUACCUAUGAAGGAACAUGCGAAGUCAGCUUGAUGUCUGCAUUCCAAGCUUACUGAUUAUUAUUAUUAUUAUUAUUUUAAUUUGUAUUUCGUCCCGCCACCCGCCCACCCACUCCCUCCUUAAGCCUAAACACUGGGCUGUGAAUGCACUGGACGAAACGUGAACUGGUAUCAGAAGUUUAAAAGCGAGGAUUGUGGUGGGGGACGGGGAGCAUUCCUUGGGCUCUCACCUCUGCUUGGACAUCCUCUUAGAUGGAAGGCUUAGGGAUCCGUUGGGCCUUCUUCGGGUUAAGAGAUUUGCUUUCUCUGCUCGGUGGAACACGAUGUGGGUUUCUAAGGCAGCCUGGGAGGCUGAAAUAGCUGCAGGGUGAAGGUAGUCUCCUCUUCCUCCUCUUCCUCUUCCUCCGCCUCCCCCCUGUGUCCUCACUCCUGCUCCCUCUCUACAAUGACAGGAUUUGUGUCCACUGCAGUGUCAUUAUUGUUCCAUUACGUUAGGACGUCUCUUGUCUCUCGGGGCUGAUCUAUCUUUCUGCUAUGGACCAACUGCCCCGUAUCAAGAGGACCAAGGUUAAGGAAGCAUCCAGAAGCACUGGCCGGCCUCCCCAUCCCCGCGGCGUACCCCGCUGAUGGAAAGGGGGGAUUCUUUACCCCGUCUCCCUUAAUGACGUCAGUUUUGCUCUUUGGUCUGGUUCGUCUUCUGCCUUCCUUUUUUCCUUCCUUGAUCCCCCGCCCUUCUCUACACAUACACACACGGAAGCUAGUUCUGCCGUCCCCCAACCCUCCCCCCAAAGUUAAUAAGAUGACCCCUGUUUAUCUCGCCCUGAGAAGAAAAUGUCUGUAACUGCUGUAUAAACAACCCCCGAAGUUGGGAAAGCCGAGCGCUCUGCACGCGACUCUCCGCUCGCCAUCCUUUUAGUCCUCCGUAGUGGGUGUUGGGUGGGUGGGUGCACUCAGAGCACUGGCGCAUAUCUUCCCCAGUCUCAAUUUUUCACUGCCCGUAGUCCCGCUCAGUUGCCGGCUGCCAGGGGACCGCGGUCUCCCAGCACGGCAGCUGUACUCAAGAGUCUGGUUUCAUUUUUUAGAACGAUGCUUAGAAGUGGAGGACUGUAUCAAAGAAACGUCGCAUUUUAUUAUUAUUAUUAUUAUUAUUAGUUUCCCUAAAGGAAGCCUGUUUUUAAACAAAUUGCCAUGAUUCAGCUAUCGUUCCUUAGCUAUAGACGACACCAUCAUCACCUGCGGACAAAUUACCUGCACAGGCCAUUGGUCACUCCAGAAGCCGUUGCUAACUUCUCCAGGAGGGCGGGAGUGUCCCCGAUAAAAGAGGGGGGCUGGAGAAUUGAUUUGUGCACCCCCGUCUCCUGUUGAGGCUGAGCAAAGGGGAGCUCAGAGUCGAAUUGGCAGCUAAAAUGGAAAGGGUCCAAAGUUCUCUCCCACUCAGUUGAAUAGGUCUCAAGGUGGGAGAAAGUUCAGGAAGGAAAGAAUGGGAGUCUUUCUAAUGGGUCCAAAGACCGCCUGACCUCUGCUCAGCCCCACGGGUCUUUACGGAGUUGGCCUUUCCCCACCCCCAAAAUCACCGUUCAUGUUGCAAUUUUACAGCCAGGGCGGUGUGCGCAUGUGCCGGAAACAUCCGAGCAGCGCCCCGGGCCGAAACCUUUUUGCACGUCCCGACGCAGGCUCGUGAGCUCACGCUUUUGGUGCAAAGCUCCCGCCCUCGCCCAGCUGUGCAGGUCCGCCGAGAUGAGAAAGGUGUAGGGGUCAAGCGAAAAGGCGAGCGUUGGGUUAUCGUUGGCACUCUUUUUUUCUUCUAAGACCGAAGUCACUGGAGCUGCUUCGUGGCUCGGAGUAAGAGAAGCAGGCCUUAGUGAGGCGCACGAGCAUCUCAUGCUUUCGCACCACCACCCUGCCCUGGAGAGGUAACUUGCACUGUCUUGUCCCCUCUUCCCUUCCACACACACACACCCCGCCCAAACUCCCCCCUUUUCAAGGAUCUCUUCUCCGCACUGGAAGCCUUUGGCUCAGCUCUUGCAUCUGUUCUGUUACUGCUGUGUUUGAAUACCGUGAACCGGCCUCUUUGUGCCUGGCAGGAUUUUUUCUUUUCUUUUUUUAAAGAAAUGAAAGAAAGAGAAAAGCAAUGUACGUCUACCGGGGUGGGGGUGGGGGGGAAACACCAACAAAAACUACUGAUGAAACUCUAGCUUUGCGUGUGCUUGUGUGUACUGUGCGUGCAGCGUUAAGAGUGCGAUAGCGCUGAAGGAACAGAAGAGACCCGGUGGAGUUGUUAAAAGAGAGAGAGAAAAUGAAAUCAACGAAUGCAAUUUGAUGUGGUAUUAUUAAUAAAAGAGCACAAAGUCCAAA